GACCAAAGCAGCCCGUAACACUUUCAGUGCCGCGGAGACUUGACUUGGAGAACGAAGAUCGCACGUGACAGUCCAUAGGCUCGCGUUCUGAGUUUUCAAUAGAUACAGCAUGUUACAAUUGUGUAUCGCAGCGGAAUUAACUACUCGUAACAACAUUGUCCGGCAAUUUUCUUCCGAGGCACGAUCUGGCUUCAGCCUCGCGAUCGGAGUUGCAUGAUUUUUAACGAUUGAAACGCGCGGUAUUUAAUCGGUGCUCGCUGCACUGUUUGAAAUAUUGGUAACGCCUCUCGGCGGAAACUGCGGAGUAAAAAACGUUAUCACCGAUACCGGUGAGUCAUUCGGGAUACAAACGUGAAAUGCCCAUCAUUCUAAACGUCCGCGCGAACGGCCCUUCGACGGCGCGGCCGGAAAAGAUUGAUAGAGGGAGAGCGAGGCUGCUUUGUCGAAAGUAGACCACGAGACCUGCGUGAAUGCGUGCCGGCGUCAUUCUUCGGCGCGUCACGGCGGCUUCCGGUAUCAUCCGAAUGUCGGAUACGCAAGGUAAAAGGUGCAACUACCCGCACGUUACGACGUGUGUCGUAAGACAUUAAGCGCGAGUGUUACGUUAUCUCGUAUAGCAUUCAAAGGAUCACGGGAGUGGCGUACACGCACAAGACACGUUAGACCGCACGCAAUUUCUUCCGCGUGCAUCGACGAAUCUCAUCUUCGAAAUCGCCCAGCACCGACUUCAGCGAUCGACCGGGUCGUCGAGAAAGAGAGAGAGAGAGAGAGAAUUCAAAUUACCACGCAGCGCAGGAGGCAUUCUCUGUAAUUGAUAUUCCUCGUGUACGCUGCGAGAUAUAAAGCAUCAGGCGCAUAAGCGACGAGCCUCACGCUGCCGAGAUUCGUCAAAUAAUCUCACGACACCUGGUAGCUGCGACCGAGCCUCACCGCGUUGCGACGUGUGGCAAUUCCGUCGCAAUUUGGCUUGCACAAGUAGCGUACGGCGAUGCGGGUCGUCGUCAUCGCCGGCUGUUCAACGACAUUAUGAUGAUGAUGACGACGCUACCAAAAGGGGAACGUGCCAGGCCGGUCUCCUAGUGGCGCAGGCUUGUACGUGAUAAGAAAAGCGCGUAGUUGUGCAUAGUCAUACUGUUAAAUUGUACAUAAUACGUGGAGACGUCGCUACAGCUUUUGAAAAAAAAAAGGAAAGCCGGCGAAAAUGCUGUGCCUGGAUAUUAAACUCGUUUCGCGACUGCGGGGUAUCUCGUCAACCGCGUCAUCAACGCACCCGGCCGCGGCCUCGGCAGCCUCGUCAUCCUCGACGAGCGCGGGCUCCGCGGAGAAGAGCAAGUCUCGCAAAGUGAAACGCGAGAGCGGCGAGGUCGCCAGCUCGGCCGCGAUCAGCGACAGCGAGGAGGAAUCGCCGCGACCCAGUUCGAGCGUCCAGGAGAUGAUACGCAGGAACAGAUCGAGAUCGGUGUGCGUGGCGGCGAUCCUGCCGUCCGCGCGAAUCAGGCAGGUGCAUCGACGCGCCAGUCACGUAUCCACCACAGAUACGACAACGAGGCGAGGCGUCCUGUCAAGACGAUGCUACGGCAGCGUCGAAAUGCUGCCGCAGAUCGAGCAGGACGGCGCCGACAAUGGCAGGAGAUUUCGAGUGGAGAACGGAGACUCCCCCGGGGAGAAAGAAGAGAUGUUCGGCUCGCCGAGUACACCGAUAUUAGAAAAUCCGGAAUACCAAACGCGUUGGUAUUUCAAGUACUUCUUGGGCAAACUGCAUCAAAAUUAUAUCGCUUCUGAUCAGGAGAGAAAUCCUCUCUUUCUCUCGGUAGUCACGAGCGAAGUCGGUGAUCAAUGCGUGCCGCACUACCGAGUUAUUCUAUGGAGGCGUACCGGCGCGCAGAAAAUAUCGCUGCCGUAUUCGGCGAACAAAACAAUGACUAUCAGACAAAUUCUCAGCAACUUCUUCAGUCUCGAAAAACUCGACAAAGUGCCGCGAGAGGUUUUCACACCCGAGCUGCAAAAGGAUCUGUUACUGCUGGAGGAACAAGAAGGCUCGGUGAACUUCAAGUUUGGAGUGAUCUACGCGAGGCAGGGUCAGAUCACCGACGACGAGAUGUUGUCUAACGAAAGAGGUAGCCCGGGCUUCGAGAGCUUCCUGGAGAUCCUGGGUGAGAGGAUACGGCUCAAAGGUUGGGACAAAUAUAGAGGCGGCUUGGAUGUGAAAGGGGAUAUGACGGGCAAGGAAAGUUAUUACACAGUUUAUGCAGGUCACGAAGUUAUGUAUCACGUUAGUACCAUGCUACCGUACUCGAAGGACAACCCGCAGCAGCUCGAGAGAAAGAGACACAUCGGCAAUGAUAUUGUUAACAUCAUCUAUACGGACGAUCCGACGGCCGUGGAUACUUUCAAUCCUAACUGCAUAAGAAGCCAAUUUACCCACGUGUUCGCCGUGGUGACUACCGAGGCGGACGGCAAGGGUUGGCGGGUCGCUAUUUAUUGCGACGAGAACGUACCUCUCUUCGGACCGAGUCUACCCUGCCCGCCGGUUUUCGAGGACCCGUAUAAUCUCAGAGAAUUUCUCCUUGUUAAGUUGAUCAACGGCGAGAAAGCUACAUUUGACACCCCGACAUUCUCCAGGAAGAGGGAAAGAACCCUCGAUGCCCUAUUGCGAGACAUGUACCAGGAGCAUUCGCAAGACAGCAAGAGCAACAGCAUGCUAAAUCGCCGAGCACUCUCGGAUGUCGUGGAGGCACCGGGUCGACGGCGAGAGGAGACGCGCGCCGUCGAGAUGGUGCAAGUCGGACAAGCCUUGAAACUGGAAGCUAUCAUGCGUGGCCUCGCGCCCACCUCUCUCGCCACCGUCGGCCCUCUGAAGCCCAGGCCAUGGGAACCGAGGUGCAUCUACCCUGACUUUCCCUACGAGGUCGUCUGCGGUGACGUCUGGCUGGAGAACAGACUGAUCCUCGCCUCGGAGUACGGGAUGUUUCUCAUCGAAGACGGGGUUUCGCACAGAAUGCUCUUCGACGAGUCGGUGCAGAUCAAGCAGCUGGACGUGGUCGAGCAACACGGUAUACUCCUGUUCCGCGCCGGCGACAAGGGCAAGGAGAGUAGCGUCUACGUUUUCCGGCUGCGAGAGUUCGAGAGCGAUGCGUCCGCGAGGUGCGCCGAGCUGUUCAACGAUCGCGAGAACGACGACCGGGGGAGGGAGGAGGACGACGACGACGAAGACGCCGAGGACGAGGACGACGAUUGCGACGAGGACGACGCCGACGAGUGCGACAAUUUCACGCGUGCCACCGCCAAGUUUCAGCCGGUGACGCGCUCGCGAGCGCGAAUGCGCGUUCGCGCCCCAGCCGUUCGGAGCCGGGCGCAUAUCAAGGAGAGGAAGCUGCGGCGUACACGGGGAUGUAACUUGUACAGCAUCACGAGACCCGGAGGCUCGCACUUGCGCAUGUGCGUGGUCGUGGGCCGCCGGCUCACGGUCCUCCAGUGGAAGCACAACGCAGCCUGGACCAUCUGGUGCUCGUCAGCCGACACCGACACCAUCGACGGCUUUUUGCUGCUGAAGGAGUUUACCGCGAGCGAGACGCCCUCGUUGGUAACGAUGAUCGAGAGCGUCGAUCCGGCGAAUGAGUGGACACUGUGCUGCGGCGCCCGUCAUCACUUCGAGUUGAUCUCCGCUUCAGGUAGCUCGCGGAUAAUCCACAUGGAGGCGACGCCUAAGCCGCACGUGGUGGCGGCGUUGGAUCUCCGCGAGGACGAGGAGCCGGAACUGUUACUUUGUUACAAUAAUACGUGCCACUUUCAAAAGAUGUUAGAAGAGAACGCUGCGCCAACCGAAUUCGACUUUAAUUGGAAUUCGAUGCCGACCGCCGUAGCCUGUGCCUUCCCAUACGUGAUCGCCUUCACUAACGACACGAUGGAGAUUCGAUUGAUAAUAAACGGCAACCUGGUCCACACGAUCGCCAUGCCCAGUCUCAACUUGAUCACCUCGAAGCGGGACGUCUUCUUCGCCACCACGGCGCCGGAAUUCUUCCCAGGUAAAUGCGAGCGCAUCCGACUGGACUCGAAGCCCCUCGACAAGGAGGAAAUGCCCUGCAGUCCACCGCCGACCGCGCAAUCUUCGUCCUCCUCUCGAUCGAGCGUUCAAAACAGCCAAGGAGACUGGAAGCCGAUAAGGAUCUACCGGAUUCCGCUGCAGACGCUGUCGAGGAGCACGGCGUCCAACUGCAGCCAGAGGAGGUGCCCGAGUCCGGCGGAGCCGGAAAUCGUCUCCGCGCCACCGACCUCCGACAGGACCUUCCUGAGCGUUGAACCUCAACGUGCGCUGAGCAGGUCCUGCAGCAGCAGUCCUACACCCACACCAACCACGAAUUUGCCGUCGCCAUGUAAAAAAUAGAAUGCCGUAGUUGUUGGCGCUCGCCCAAUCGAUUGCAUUUAAUUGUGGUCUCAGCAGGAUCGAUCACGUAAAAACAAAAAAACCAAAAAAAAAAAAGAGAAACCGACUGCACGUACCUGAUCUCUCGUCCUCGUGCGAGAGGACACCUGGAAAUCUUUGUCAUUGUUAUGCUAUUAGCGUGCGUCGCGCUGCAUGUGUACCUCGAAUGUAAGUGCGACCGCGGGUACAAGUUUAUCGUUUGGAUAGGUUUCGACGAGGACGCGUUUGUUGUCUUAAUUACGGAGGUGCCCGUGACCUAAUUACCAUUUCCCUCCGCGCUCCUUAAUUUUUCUGCAACAACGAUUUGAAAAAACAAACGCCCUGUUGCGGCACACGUGGCACUCUCUGUGUCUGUUCUAACUUUCAUAUAAUACACGUGAGAAAAACGUUGCGUUAGAAUCCGAGUUUUUUUUUUAAGAGAGACAGUCGCGGCUAUUUCGAUGAUAAACUGCGCCCCAUGGCGAUCCUCCCGUAUUUCUCUUCCAACGUUUCUCUUUUUCGAUAUAGUUUACGGUGCAAAGCAAAAUUAAGUAAAAAAAAGAAAAAUACCUCUCGCGGGGCACCGAUUCUCCUUUCCUGUUAAGCUCAACCGAUUUUACUUCGCGUCCGUAAUUAAGGCAUCGUGGCGCGUUAACGUGACGAUAUUUUAUUGUUAGGCACUAUUUGCUUUCGGGUCUUUUCUAAGUGACGUUGUGUACCGUAGCUUCUCUCAUUGUUCCGAAACCGAUCUUAAACAAUAGGAUUUCAGGCCAGCGCGACUUUAACGGUCGACGGCCGAGAAUGCGAUUCGACCUGAUCGUGGAUCUCAGACUUAAGCGCGCAGUUAGUACGCACGGAAAAAAAAGGGCAUUUUUCGGAUGCGCGUCAGCUCGAUGAAUCACCACGUGUCUCCUGGAAUGUGGGAACGCGGACACGCGGAGAAUGCGUCGGGGACGAUCGCGCAUGGCCGAUCGGUCCCCCCCGAUGAUUAAGACCGUCGGGCAGCGCCGCAUCCGGACGUUUAUUUUUAUUUAAUAAGAGAUACAACAUUAUUCUCUGACAUGAGUGUUGAUGUUUACGCGUCGUGUGUAUAUAAUACAAAGUAACGAAUAAAGUAUAUGUUACCGUUGCAUUUCCACCGAA